AUGGUAAUGCCUUACCUGAACUCUUACCUGAAUCAUAGAGUCGGAAGGGAUCCCGAGCGUCAUCUAGUCCAAAGCCCAGCUAUGCAGAAAUCUCGACAUGCGGUCUCCCAUCCAAUUUGAAACCGUAUUGGACCCUGCUUAGCUUUGCAAAUAUGCUAGCAGUUUUUUUUCAUUGCUGCACCACUAGGAGGGGUAACAAAAGGGCUGUCUAGCCUAGCAUCCUGUUUUCUCUUUCUCAUUUAAUCCCCUCAACAAUUCUGUGAAAUAUGUUAGGCUGAGUGGGGAUUUGAACUGUGGUCUCUCAGGUCUUAUUCUAAUAGUAGAAGGAAGUCAGUAUAGGGGUUGAAGAGCUUCCAAAUGCUCUCCUGCCCAGGCACUGACCAGACCCAAACCCGCUUGGCUUCAGCAAGGUUGCUGCAUAAUGCACCAUUAUGCAAGUGAAUGGAUUCAGAGCUCCUUCACUCCGUUCAUGUACGGCAGGAAAGAAGGCUGAAAUUAGAAGUGUGGAGGUCCCUCCCCCAUACACAUUGCACCCACCAACAAAAAUAGUAUGGGGGAGGGAUUAAUGCUUGUCUAGACUGGUAGCAAAAUAGCUUGGGCUACCAUAGGUCUUUAGAUGCUAAAGAAAAUCCCAAAGGCUUCAAUACCCAUUCAAGAACAGAAUUAUGUUGCAAUGAAACCUGCUUUCCAGGAGCGUGGCCAGCAGAUGGCAAUCUUCAGCCAUGGUCCUGCAGCACUGUUUUUACUUUCCCAUAUUUUGAGGAAAUAAUGGCCAAUGGUUGAGGGUAUUGGAAGUUUGCCCAUUAGGGCAAAUAGCAGGCUUCCCCACCAACCUUGGCAACACCCACCUUGCUGCCUUCUUGCUUACAUCUAGUUGACGGGGUGGCCCUGCCUGGCAGCUUCCUCCACCUUCGUCUCAAGGUCCAUCUACACUUCCUUUUGCACUGUGUUUCUAUGCCCAAGUCUGGGCUUUCCAGGCCUGAGUCCAAGCGGUUUCUUCGUCUUCUAUGUCCCACAUUUUACCCUUGAAUUGGAGCAAACAGCAAUCGGUUUUUCAGUGGAUUGCUGUUUGCUCCAAUUCAGUGGUAAAACAUGGGUUAUCCCAGGAAAAACAUGGGGGGGGCAAUAACAAUGCUCAGACACAGACCUGGAAAGCCCAGACUUGUGCCUAGAAAUCACACUUACAAAAGUAAGUGUUGGUGAACGCAUGGUGUUGCCCUCGUAGAAUUCAGCAAGGAAAAGGAUGAGGGUGAAACUAGAAUUACAGUGGUGCCUCGCAAGACGAAAUUAAUUCGUUCUGCGAGUUUCUUCGUCUUGCGAAUUUUUCGUCUUGCGAAGCACGGUUUCCCAAAGUCUUCAAAAUCACCAAAGUCUUCAAAAACCUCAAAAGAGGGUACCACACUGCGUGCUAUGAGUUGCUCCUCGAAGUCACCCUGGGUAUUAACGGUUUUAAGGAAAAGGAAACAAACUUGCAAGACGUUUUCGUUUUUCGUCUUGCGAAGCAAGCCCAUAGGGAAAUUCGUCUUGCGAAGCAACUCAAAAAACGAAAAACUCUUUCGUCUUGCGAGUUUUUCGUCUUGCGAGGCAUUUGUCUUGCGAGGUACCACUGUAGUUGGUUUUGCCUGUCAUAGACUGACUCUAGCUACUGUUUGGACUCCUUGCAUUCUGCUCCACAAGUCCCAAUGGGCAGCAGCCACUACUGAGAACGAUCUAUAACACUUGCUUACCAUAGAUCAAAGUAGAAAAAAUUGUCACACUAUGAGCAUCCAUCCCCCCUUUUUUUCCCUGGGGAGGACAAAAGUUCUAUCCCCAGUAUAUGUUUUUUGGAAGCUAUGGAGUGUGUUGAGAUCUUGUGUGAUGUGCAGCAUUUUGGUUUUUACUGUAACACUAUUAAUAGCAUUUCCUGCUUUCAGCUUUUGAGUCUGGCUGGCAGCAACACAUGUCUGGUGUCUGUGGCAGCGUGUGGGCUUCUCCAGUUAAUCUCUUAACAAAAAGGAACUUUACCAGAACUAUGGUUGGGGGAGGGGGGAGGAAGGCAGUUAGUGGGCGAGAGUCACUGGGGCAUGUUUACAUCCUGUUUAAAAUAAGGGGAUAAGAAAACCCACUUCAUCCUUUACUCAGCAAGCUCUUCUUAGGACCCCUGCCAGACGUCCUUUAUAUUGUGCAUUCAGGAUUAUUUAUGCACUUGAUGCUGUCAGGAUAGUCACAUGCAAUCCUGCUUUGAAUGCUGUGUGCACAUGCAAAAGUCUUGGGCCCGUCACGCUGCUUCCUUUCCAGUCAGUGCAUUUUCUGUAACUUCCUUCAGAAAUCCCAUAACUUUUUAAUACCACAGCUGUUCUGUUUUAUUUUUGUCCUGCUUUUGUUGUGCCAUGGCCCCUUUGGACAGCACUAAUGUGUUGCAUUGCAGAACAAACUAAAGCAGGAUAAAUCCACCAGGGCUGCCCUUUUGUGGUGUCAAGAACACACCCGCAAUAAAACACCCGCCUGGAGGUGCUGUGAAAGGGGAAAGGGUUAAUUUCUGAACAGGCAUUUUAGUCAUUUAGUGUAGUUAGAUUGCCACUCCAGGAUCAGGGAGAUCAGAGCUCCCAUUCCCACUCAGCCAUGAUACCUCACAGAGUAACUAACUAACUAACUAACUAACUAAUUUGCAUACCAUCCUUCAUACAUAGGACUCAGGGUGCUUCAUAGCAUAAAAAUACAUGAUAAAAACACAAAAUACAUAAUAAAAACAAUAACAAAAUGAAACCAUUACCCCCCCCUUGCCCCUUGCCAUCCCUCAAACACAUUUUAAAGGGUAUAGGAUGUUAAUGAGCCUUAUCUAUCAUCUAUCUAUCUAUCUAUCCCCCGCCCAUCUGACUGUGUUGCCCCUGCCACUCUGGCUGGCUUCCAACAUAAUAAAAACACAGCAAACAUUAAAAACUUCCCGAUACAGGCCAAAGGCCUGGUUGAAAAAGAACAUUUUUGACUGGUGCCUAAAGGUGCAUAAUGAAGGUGCCAGCUGAACCUCCCUGCGAAGACCAACUAGGGAAGGGGAGAACUGUGUAAUACUCCUUCCACAACACCUGGAGGUGCUGGUAUCAAAGUCCCCCAUCCUUGGUUUGAUACCAGAGUGGACCUAGUUGCAUUUGAAUAGCUCCUCUCAAACACAUCCAAUAUUUCCUGGACAAACCAGAGAUGGGGGACUGUGGAAAUCCAGAAGUUAUUGAAUCACAGUUCCCAACACCCCUAGCCAUAAUCCAUGGAGAUUUGGGCUGCUGGGAGCUGUAACUCAGCAACAUCUGGAGGGCCAAAGGUUCUCUCGUACCUGCCCCAAAUCUCCCCAACACCCUGGCUAAAAAAGGAGCAGUGAUUUGCCAGGUACCAGAAAACAGGUUCUGCCCCUGGUAAACAGGGUGAGUCAGAGUGGCUGCUUUGGCGCAUCUGUGGGAAAGGCUGCCUGCCUUCUAUUUCUGGACCAGCCCUUUGCAUUUAUAGAAUUUCAUGUGACACGUUUGGGAGGGAGGGUCUUAUUUUCGGCCUGAGAGAAUUGCCUCUCUGAAGACAAACAGCCUCUGCACUCAGUGCCCAGGGUACUGGGCGCAGCACCAUGUCACGCCGGGAGAACUUUGCUGUGCUUCUCCUGGCAUGGCCCCAUCCUUGGCGUAGGCUGUCUGCAAGGUAGGAGCUGCAGUGCCACCCCCUGCAUUGUUUUUGUGUAUCUGCUCCCCUCUAGAACAGCCACUUUCCGCUUUGCAUCCUUUUGUACAAGAGGCUGUGAUUUUGCAUAGGUGACCUCGAAACCCUAAAGGUCAGGCUGUCCUCUAGACAAUGCAGCUGAUGAUAUUAGCAGAGGAGCCUUAUACCACCAGAGUGGAGAGGCCACAGAAGAGGGAAUGUGCUCAUAUAGCUGCUGGUGUUGCUGCCCGAUCGGGUGGCCCGGAGAACUCACAAGACAGAAGGAGAUGGCCUUCAAGGUCAUACUUGUUGAUCACCACUGUUUAUUAGCAAGUUGCCGGUCCACAUGACUGGCGGUGGUGUGUGUGUGACGUUUGUGGUGGGAAGUCUUUUCUGUUGACGGGACCCCAGUUGCUGGAAACACAGGAGGGGAGAAUGGGCUAGGAUUUGGGUCUUGCUUGCAGGCUUCUCACAGGCAUCUGGGUGGAUAUUGUGAAAGUAGGCUAUUGGGCUUGAUGGGCCGUUGGUCUGACCCAGCAGGGCUCUUACGUUAUUAAGUUUGUAUAUUCAAUGCGUCUCUCAGGCUUUGAGCACAGAACCAGAAAGCUCAAGUCACAUGCGCACUGCAUUCGGGCAAGGAACAGGUUUCAGUCCACCUUACCUGUGCCCCCAAAACAUCCCUUGGCUUCCUGCAUAGUUAGGAAUUGCAGCCAUUCACUUACAUAGAAGAAAAUCAAUGGGGUGAACUUGGGUUUAUUUCUGGAGGAAGUUAACUUGCGGCAUAUCUAGACUAGGGUUUCCCGAUUCCUAGUCAUUGGGAGCUGAGUGUGCAUAGCCCCUCCAUUUUGCAUAGCCAAUACAGUGGUACCUCGCAUGACGAAUGCCUCGCAAGACAAAAAACUCGCUAGACGAAAGGGUUUUUUGUUUUUUGAGCUGCUUCGCAAGACGAUUUUCCCUAUGGGCUUGCCUCGCAAGACGGAAACGUCUUGCAAGUUUGUUUCCUUUUUCUUAACACCGUUAAUACAGUUGCGACUUGACUUCGAGGAGCAACUCAUAGAACGCGGUGUGGUAGCCUUUUUGAGGUUUUUAAAGACUUUGGUAUUUUUGAAGCUUUUCCAAAACUUUCCCGACACCGUGCUUCGCAAGACGACAAAAAUCGCAAGACGACAAAACUCGCGGAACGAAUUAAUUUCGUCUUGCGAGGCACCACUGUACUUGGUAGUGUUUCUUGGUCACACUACUAUGUUACAGAACAUUAGGACAGAAAGGCAGCAAUUGGUUUCUAUAUAAGCAGCAUGUUUAUAACAUGUCACCCUCUCUUUGCAUCAUCAUUAUCAUCAUCAUCAUUAUUGUUAUUGUUAUUAAUUCUAUGCUGUCAUUGUCACUUGAGAGAUAAAAGCAAUCCCUGCUCACCAGGGGAGGGUGCAUUCCCAGUUUGCGAGGAGCUUACAUUUGAAGGCAAACCCCUGGGAGAACAGGUUUAUUUGCAGCUGGGAAUGAGGAUUAAGAGAUAAGGCACAGGCCACACAGAAGUGGUGGAUUUGGGGGAAAGGGCUGAAGAUCAAUGGCAGAGCACGUGCUUUGCAUGCAGAAGGUCCCAGGUUCAGUCCCUAGCAUCUCUAAGUAGGACUGGGAGAGGCUCCAUGUCAGACUCUGGAGGGCUGAUGCAAGUCACUGGAAGCAAUACCAGGGUUGCCAUAUUUUUUUAGAUAUCAGCAUCCUGUUCUCAUAGUGCCCAACAAAAUACCUCAGUGGGAAGCCUGCACAGAGGACAUCAGCCCAACAGAACUUCCCCACUUGUGAUGCCCAGAAACUGGCUUUCAAAGACAUACUUCCUUGGACAGUGAAGGAAGAGCACAGCCAUUGUGGAUAGCAGCCAAUGAUAGACAUACUGCUGUGAAAAUGUUGUUUUUACAGCCCUAUUUAAAGGCCUCUAUUUGUGUCCUCUGUGGCUGCUAGGGAUGGAAGGAUUCUGGUUCUCCCAGUUUCUCAUUUUCCAAUCUUAUAUUAAAUUCUCCAGUUUUCUGCAGCAAUUCACAGAUGAUGAUUAUUAUUAGUUAAUCCUCAUGAAGAUUCAUCAGCGUUUUGGUGCAAUUUUCACUCUAAUAAAAACAUUUUUGUGUGCAGUUUUGACUAAAGAGCACAUCUUUGCAAGCAUUUUUCUAAUGUAGUGCAUUUUUGUAAGUUAUUUUCCCUUAUCAAUUCUUAUGCACAUUUCCCACUAAUAUGUGCGUUUUUUAAAAACAGUGGCUGGCCGGAGAACUGCAUUGCAAGUGAAUUUCAAAGGAUAGCUGUGUUUUGGUUCAUAUAUUGUUUUGGGAAGUACGAAUUUGAUAGAUUUGCCUUUAAAUGCAAACUGAAUCUAAUUCCCCCUCUAUCUCUUAUUGCAAAGUGAAACAUGCUGUAAAAGUAUUUUUAAAACUUCUCUCUUUUCUCUCCCCUCUCCCAACAACCCCAUCAACACGUCCCUUUCCCAGAUGGAAAAUUUUGAGUACAGCAUCCUGUUGAACGACCGGGAUUGGGCUGAGUUCUAUUUGGCGUCUGAAGAAUGCAGUUUGAGCCAGCCAGCCUUGGCCACAGCUGACGAGCAGCUCCUCAGCGACCUUGAGGAAGGGGAGGCCGCAGAGAGUGGGUCCGUCCAAGUGAAAGUGGGCCCUGUUCUCCCAGCCAGCCAGUCAGCCAGCUGCCUCCCACGUGGGACCCCAGAUGGGCACCUGCUUGUAGACGAGGUUUUGUCUGGCAGCGACGACGAAACAGAUCUGGGCUCUGUCAUCAGGUUUCUGUGCAACAGCAAACAACUUGGCACAGCUUGCCCCCAGUCUUCCAGGAGGACCCAGGAAGGUCAGCUGCCCUGUGUCACUUUGAAGCCAUCAGGAAGUCGGAGUGGGCUGCAAGUUACUGUCACAGAAGCUGCAUUUACCGCCAAGGAAACAGAGAGAGGAGACCAGCCCAUAAAUCCAGACUGCUCUCUACCAGUGGUGCUAGCUACUGCCACCCAAGCGAGGGCCUUGACAGAGAAAAGCCCAGGGCAGGAGAGAAUGGAAAGACCUCCCUGUGCUGAGCCUACAAACCUGAAGACCACAGAGGGGGCAGACAACAAUGGGAGCAGUACUGUCUGCUUGGAAUCACAACACUCCAAGGACAAUCCCUCCCUGGCUGCCUGUGUGGGCAAGCAGCUCCCAGCAUCGAUGAAGAGCACAGCAGCUUGUUGGGAACCAGAACCCCCACUUGCUCCAUAUCCAAGCUCUGCGCCCUUUUCUUCUCCAGUUUCUGCAGAGCUCGGGGGAGCAGAGCGCCCAGAGAAGGGCGGCAAGCCCCUUCAGGUCACCUUGAAGGCACAGGCAGCAGCGCCGCUCCAGGAAAAUCCAUCUCCAUCUCAAGGGUGUUUGGUUCCAAUCGUAAGGGUCUCCGCACCAUCCGACAUGCUAUCGGCGAGUCGUGGGGGAAGCAUUCCGGGAAGAACGAGCAAGGAAGAAGACAUUUCUGCAAAUGUCAACAUUGAGAGUGGAGCAAGCCAUAGGGAGGCCUUAAAGGAGGGAGGCCCAGCGAACCAAGUCAGGGGCUCUCCAUGUGACAGCGGGGUACAACAAUUUCCAAGGGCACCAGAAGAAAAGAGAGGUCCAAUCCCAACCCAAGCAACCAAUUCCAUAUGUGAUGGGCUAUUGCACAAAGACACAGAAACAGCUGCUUCAACAGGAAGGGUUGAGAAGAACGACAGUGGAGAAACGUGCCACUAUCUUGGCAUGGCUUUACCAUUUGAAGAGGCUUUAUCAUUUGAAGAGGAACUUCAAGGAGAACAGACAUCAGACCGCUUAGGGGAGUCCGCUCCCUAUGGUCUGACAUUAGAAGGCUCUCCAGAAAGUGGCUUAUCUGCCAUGACAUGGCCAGAAAUGUACGACUGUUUUUUCUGUGAUGACACCCAGGAGAAGGGAUUGGGGAUUGGGAAGGGGCAACCGAUCUCAGGGAUUGACCAAGAGCUGCCUGAAAUGGAUGGGCCUGAAAUGUACGAACAUUUCUUCAGCGAAAUGGGGGAGGCCAAGGUGAGAAACAAAGAUGGAGCUCUGGAGACAGUCUUCAGCUCCGGACAUCAGUCGGCGCCAUCUUGUGGCUCGGGGGACCUGGAUUUGGACAUAGGUGAUGGUGCUAUGCAAAUGUCUACCCCAGAGGUGUACGAACACUUCUUUGCCAACAGAGCAAAGAAGAAGAGGAACUGGAGGGUUUUUUUCUUCAGCAUCCCAGCCUCAGAGAUGAGGAAGGCUGCAAGAGCUUUAAAAUCCUUUCUGUGCAGACCUGCACGUCUUCUCAGAUCACGGCCCACAAGCCAAGGCACUCUGCUUCGGAAAGGAUCUCAAGGAAGGCUGGUGCUCGUGUCUCCAAGGCUCCUGGGUGAAAACCUACCAAGACCAGAAGACCUAGGGAUGGCUGUGAUGCAACCAGGUACCAUUUCUUUGUCCUGAUAUGUGAGUGGAUACGCUGACCAUUUAACUGUUUUGCCAGUGCUUAAUUUCUAAACAAAUGUGCCAGGGCUCAACACUUUGUACAUCUAAGGCAGAUGCGGGGAACCUCAGGCCCAGGGGCCAUAUGUGGCCCUCCUGGACUCUUGUCUGGCCCUUAGAUAGGGUUGCCAUAUUUCAUAUUAUUAGGAAGACCUCAAAAUUGUUGAGAUUUUAUUAGGAAACCCCCAAAGUUGUUGAGCUUUAUUUAGACAAGCCCUAAAGUUGUUGAGCUGUGGUGUUGUUUUUUUACAAAAACUCCCCCCCAAAAAAGUGAUUUUUCGAUUGACUUGCCUAAGAUCCUUUUGGAAAUUCCCCCCAGAUGUCAAUUCCGCCUUUGAAAUCCCGGUAAUGUCCGGGGAAAUCCAGACGUAUGGCAUCCCUACCUUUGAACUGUCCCCAGAGCACCCUCCUCCCCAGCCCCACUCCAUCUCCCUAGGCCACACCCUUACUGACUCUCCUUUGCACCCUUCUUUGUGUGUUCAUGCCUGGCUGGAGUGCACCCUUGUAUUCUGAUCAUGCUUCUUUCCUUUCUGGAUGGAUAGAGGGAUGGUGGUGUGUAAGUGUGCAUAGAAACUUCCCCUGCCCACCACUGGUGGGUGACCCCCCCUGCCCCCCGAAGGUAGCCCAGAGAGAAGCAUGACCCUCAGUCUGAAAAAAACAUUCCCCACCCCUGACCUAACCUAAGGGCUGGUUGCAGAGUUCCGUGGUGAUGUCAUUUGGGCACUUGGCACCUUCAUUUUUAAUAAACAGAUGUGUUCCCAGCAGCAGCAUGACCCUAAACAUUUUGUUAUGGAGCACAUGCUUCAAGGGAAGGUGCACUUUGCAUGUCCUCAGAGGCCCUCUGUCCUUAUGUUUUCUAUUGAAACAUAAGUUGGUUUCAUUCUUUUUAAAGUGAAAAGGCAUCAGCACACAUACCCAGAGGCGCCAUGCCAUGCCCAAAGUAUGAGAACAUUUGGAAACAAGUAUGGAAAACCCUUUUGUGCUGUGGGUUCAAGAGCAGCUAAAUUGUGGCUGUUAUAGUGGAUACACAUGAAAUAACUUUCCUGCGGAGAUGUAAAUUCCCUACAAACGGGAAGAUAGAUAGAUAGAUGAUAGAUAGAUAGAUAGAUAGAUGAUAGAUAGAUAGAUGAUAGAUAGAUGAUAGAUAGAUAGAUAGAUAGAUAGAUGAUAGAUAGAUAGAUAGAUGAUAGAGAUAGAUGAUAGACAGAUGCACAGUCGCAUAUAUACAUCAACCUAUCGAUAUUUCAUAUACUCAACCAAAUGGUGACCUCAUUAUUUGAAUAAAGCCCUCUUGCCUUGGUGGUGACUAAUCAGCCAGCCAGCCUUAAUUGAUGACCUAGAAUAGAUCAACCCACAGAGAGUUUUACCACUUGCAGAGAAAACAGUAAAAGAAUAUUGCAGCACCUUAAAGACCAACAAAUUUACACUGGCACAAACAUUUGAGGACUAGAGAGUCGGCUGCGGCUGAUGGAGUGAACUCUAGCCCACGGAAGCUUAUGCCAUCAUAAAUUCAUUAAAGUGCUGUAAGACAUUGUUGUUAACGUUUUUUACAACACACCCUGGAGGUUAAAACCUUUGCAGCCCUGUCUCAGGCGUGUUUACUCAGAAAUAAGCCCUGCUGAGUCACUCCCAACCUAAGAGUGCAUUGAAACUGGACUUGCAACCUUGGGCCGUCGAGAGGUCCUGCAUCCCCAAAGGAAAACAGUGCUCCAAAAAUGCUCAAGGGUCAUCUGCAAGCACCCAUAACUGAUUGAAAGUAGCUCCUCUCAGAAGUAAAACAAAGACUGACCUUGGAAUGUUCGAAAGUCGUUCUUUGUCCUGAGCCUCAAAGCAGAUUGAGCAUUAUUGCGACAUUUGGUCUUCUGCAGGAGACAGACAGAAAGAGUGCAAGGAGUGGAUGGGUAAGAUUAGAACUCAGAUCUAUUUGCUUGAAAGCUAGCCAGGCAUUACUCUGACCAUAAAUGUAAAGCACGUUUAAAGCACAGGGCUUACCCCAAAGAAUCCCGAGAACUGUCAUUUGUUAAGGGUGAUGGGAAUUGUAGCUCUAUGAGGGGUAAACUGAAGUUCUUUGGGAGGAAGCCAUGACCUUUAAAAUGCCAUAUAAAUGUGCUUUGUCUGUAUGGGGUGGAUAUUGAUUAUAUAGACACACAAUGCACUCUCUUGCAAGAUUCUUUUCAGCGGAAGCUGAGUAAACCAAUGUCCAAGGUUAAGCGGGGGUGGGGGGGGAGCACAUUAGGGUUGGCUUACUAGUACUGCUGACUCUUAUGAAUCACAUGACACAUUCACCAGCCUGUAGUUAUUCCACUACUUCCCUCUUUUUCUCAGAUUUUUCAGACUUGCUUUAUGACUUCGCUUUUUUCAUUUAUUGUAGGGAUGAGUAAACCAGAUGUUAUCGUGCUCCAGGUCAAUUCUGCCCCAGCCAGCAUAGCUAAUGGUCAGGGGUGAUGGGGGUUGUAGCCUAGCAACAUCUGGAGGGCCACAGGUCCCUUAUCCCUGAACUAAAGAUGCCUGGGAGCUGGGAGCACCCUCCAGAAAGGAGGCUCCCUAUUGCAUCUCUGCAUGGGGUUACAGACAAGGGAGAUACAGCAUUGCAUUCCGUACAGUGUGAUCCCUGUGUGUUCACAAGCAAAAGGAGCAGGCUGCAAGAUUAGGGCAGGUGGAAGGUAAAGGAGGAAGAAGGUAAAAGAGGAAGAAAGGGUCAUGGAAAGCAAUGGACUCCUGGGAAUUUAAAGGCAUUAUAGCAAGAGCAACCAACACAGUGCUCUCCAGAAGUUGCUGGACUACAGUGCCUAUCAUCCCUGGCCUUUGGCCAUGCUGGCUGGGAAUCAUGGGAGUUGUAGUACAACAACAUCUGGAGUCCUUGUAUUCCAGUUGCACAGUUCUCACUGAUAGGCAUUCCCAAAGGCACCAUUUGAAAAUCACUGAGGUGGAAUGGAAACCCCAGGUUGCAGGACAGCUGUGAAGCUGGUCCAAAUAUAAUCACCACUGCUAUCACCAUCAUGCCAAUGUCUGGGGAUUUGUUUUUUUCUAAAGAAGAAAAAUCCUUUGUGAGGAUCAAAGGCAAAGCAUGCAGGGAUUUGAAAGGUCAAAAGCCUUUAUGCUUUAAAGUUGAAUUGUUCAUGGUACCAGUGUGAUAGGGGGAGGCAAUGCUCUAGGAUUCCUGGAUAAACAUUUCCAGGAGAAACAUCCGUAUUGGUUCUUCUUCUUCUCCCCCGCCACAGAAAGACCCCUCCAGCCGGUUUUUACACAAAGAGACAUGUGCUUGGGCUUUAUGGCGUUUGCUUCGUGGGCUGUGAAGAGCUCUGAUCUGCAGGCCCCGGAUGCUUGGAAGAUCGGUAAUGUAUCCAAGGGCUUUGUGUGGGAGAAGCACAACUCCUAGCGGAUUUGGAGAGGGGGUGGAUUUAAGCCUCAGAGAUAGGCCAGGAAUGUUAACAUACUGGUUCCGCUCUGGAACAGAGCAGAACUAAUGCUGAGAGAUGUUUCCCUCUCUCUCUCUUUUUCUUUAACCAUUUUUUACUCUCCCCUUCUCCUUCCUUAAUGGCCCAACGUUUUAUUCUAAACCAGUUGUUCCUCUCAUCAGAAAGGGAGGCAAACUUCAUUCUUAACACCUGAAGGAAACUUCAUUUUUAGAGUGCGUACAGAUAAGAAUUACCUACCCAGAGAAUUACCUGUGACUUUCUCCGGUAGCCACAGGCCUGAAUGAGCCUCCUGAUUCAAAACAGGACAGCCCAGAGAAGUAACUCAUACAGAAAUGCAGGGGGCAGCCUCCUCAGAGAUGGGAUAGUUCUGCUUAAUUCAAUCAUUUGGGUGUGAUUGAACAACCCAACAGCACUUCCUGUAAAGAAGGGGGUAGAUCACAGUGAUUAGAAGGCAGAGGGCACAGAGCAGUGACUCUUACAGAGGCACAAUGGCAAUGCUCCUCUAGGUCUGUUGUCUCAUUGCAUUGGGAUGGAUUGCUUUUUCGGGGCCUAUCCAGUGAAAAUAAAUGGCAGAGUCGCCUGUCCUCCCUAGAGGCUGAUUGGAAGGAGACAAAGGCAGAGUGUUACAUCAUACAGAGGCACAAUGGGCAACCUCCUUGGAAGGUACAUCCUUCAAACUCACAAGUUCAUUUGAAUUAAUUCCUCCUUAUGCUUAAAGAUGACUACUUCUCAUUUUCCCUUCUCCACUGGCUCUGGAAUCCUGACCAAGGAAUGGGGUGGGUGGGAAGUAGGGUUGCUUGUCUAUGGCUGGAAACAAGAGUCUCCCCACACACAUUCUGUGCUCUGUCAAAAUUAAGCUCCAGGACUUUAAGGCAUUAUUAGGCAAUAUGGGAUGGCCGAGGAAGGGAGAAGAUAAUGACUCCACCUAGUGCAGGGCGUGCAGAGCUGGGUAACUGCAGAUGGGGAGAUAGGUGGCUGAACUUGUGCCUGAGCUUGGGCUGGGUGAUGGUCAGGUAAUUGGGGAGAAAGUCACAUCCUUUGAGGCUGGUGGGAAAGGGCUGUAGCUUGGUGGUUAGAGCACCUGCUUUGCAGAAGGUCACAGGUUCAGUCCUUGGCAUAUCCAGGUAGGGCUGGAAGAGACUCCAUGUCUGAAGCCCUGGAGAGAUGCUGCCACUCAGUGUAGACAAUACUGAGCUAGAUGGACCAAUGGUAUAAUUUGAUAUAACACAGCUUCCUAUGCUCCUGUAAAAGGUGAGGGCAACCAUCUAGGCACAGCCCAGAUGUUGGCAUUUUAUUAAAAGAGAGGUUUUCAAGGUGAGAAGCAGCAAGCGGGACUGUUGGUUUACCCAGAGGCUCAGUAGAGCCAGCAGGCCAGGUAGAGUGUGCCACUGGCCAUAGCUCAGUGGUAGAGCAUCUGCCUGGCAGCUCAAUGGUAGAACAUCUGCUUUGUAUGCAGAAGGCCCCAGCUUUAGUGCCCGGCAUCUCCAGGUAAGGCUGGGAGCGAACUCUGUCAGAAAACCUGGAGAGCAGCUGCCAGUCAGUGUAGAUAACACUAGGGUAUAUAGACAAGUUGCAGCUUCUUUUGUUUCUCUGUCCUUACAGCAAAAAACAAACAAACAAUGGUGUCAAGAAAGGAUAUUGAAAUUAAUGGACCUAAGUUAGGCAUGGUCAUUAACUUCAAUGGGUCUAUUCAGAGUAGGACAAGCAUUGGAUUCAAACCUUAGGGUUAACUUUUGCUGUGAUUCUUCCCCGCGAUCUCUGGUAUGUAUAGCUGUGUGAGGGGAACUCUCAGCACCUUUAACAAACUACAUUUCCCAGGAUCCUUUGGAAAAGCUAUGACUCUUAAAGUGGUAUAAUGGUGCUUUCAGUGCAUGCAUUCUAAGAAGACAAGGAAAUGAUUUGCAUAACAACCUGUCUUUCUUUGAUACAUCCAUCUGCACUGUGGAUGCACCUUCUUUUCCCCUCCUCUUCCAGUGUUGCUAGCAAACUUUGGCACCCUCUCAGCCAUCCGCUUCUUCAGGCGGCAGGUCAUCACGGAAGCUCAGCACGGAACAUAA